AUGUACGAUACAUCAACAGAAAAAAGGCAGGAUUUUGAUGUCGAUGAAUAUCUUUUAACUAAGCAGGUUGACGUUGGCGACCAUUCAGCGUUACGUGAAAAUAAUAGGAGCUUCUUAAAGGAUUUAUCUAAAUCGAAUACAAAUGCUAAUAUUACUUUCUCAGAAAUGGAAGACAGCUUUAAUGAUUUAAUAUACGCUCGGGAUAAAAUAUCGAAAGACAGUCCAAAAUAUAAAAGUAAGAGCAAUAUUUCAGGAUUAAUGUUAAGAGAGCGCAUUGCACAAACUCUACAGACUGACGAUGAUUUAUUUUCUAAAGAAGAAGACAAACGUAAAGUCCGGCAAUUACCAGAUCUUUUACCUUGUCGCGAAGGAAGCUGGAACAGCAGUGAAGCAAGUUCCUAUAGCAACAGAAGUAAUAUGAAUCGAUAUUUUCCGGCAGACAAUCAUGAGUAUAAAUACGGUAAAAAUCAUCAAAUGGGUGUUGAUAUUGUUGAUAAACUUAAGAAGCUUUUCGGUAUCAGCUUGAGCAAUAAUAAUGAGCCGGAUACAUCACGUAAUCCUAGAGCAGACAUUCCAGUCACAGGUGGUAGUCUCAAAAGAUAUGGGAAGGUUUAUAAACCCAAGUUUGUCAAUCAUACAUUUGACGCUGAUAUUGAAUUGCAAUCUAAUAGAAGCAUGAAAGAUUUUAAAACUUUUCAAAAGCCGUCCUGUAGUCGUCGCAAUGAAAUGGGCCAGCUAUUGCAAACAUUUGAAAAACCUAGAUUAGAAAAGUCAUACUUUACUCCUCAGCCUCUGCCUCAUAAAAUUGUCAAUAAUUGUGGGAAUGUUGAUGAUGAGUUCUCAGACGAUGAACCUGAAAUAGUUAAUGGAAUUGAUAUAGGUAAUAUAAGACAAUCAUUGCCAAGCUUAAGUGAAGAAGGACGAAAAUGUUUGCCAAAACAGUCUUCGUCAUUAUUUGGAAUGACUCCAUUAAGAUUACCGGAACUAAAUACCAUUCAAAGACCCAUUUAUUCUCAAACACCAAUUUAUAAUGUUCUGAAUACAUGCAAACGUUUGGACCAUGAUAGUUCUUUGAAUCAGGUUUUUGGAAAACAUGCAGGCAUUAGGCAACGUUUAUCAACAAAGGCUAAAACGGUGUCUUCCCUGCCCACAUUGAAUUACCAUGACAAAUACAUCGAAUUUCUGCAAACGUUAGCAUUUAAUUCCGAUACUUCAUGCUCCGAUACUUCCGAUGUGUCAUCGACAUCAAAGCAAUUAAGUUCCUGUUCCGAGAGAGUCAACUCUACAGCAAAUUGCAACGUUCCAUUUUCACAUUGUUCAAUUGAUCUUGAUGAAGGCAGUGAUGAAAAUCCAACAAAAAGUCGUCAGAUAAAACACUUUUCAACUACAACCGUCGCGGAUGACGACUCAAUAGAGGUGCUAGAAUUAACAAAGUCUAAACAAGCGAUUAUAUCACAAUGCAGUAAAGUUAAGGACAAUGAUAUAACUUCAUGGUAUGAUAAUAACUUUGCAGUUGAAAUGGAAUUGCCAGAGGUUACACCAGUCAAUCCGCUGAAGGAGCGUUUUGAGCUUUCGCCGUACAACAAGAAAGACUGGUUAAAAGAUUCCAAAAUGAAAGAUAGAAAACAACAAGAAGAACUGAUUAAAGUAACAACCAUGACUGAUAAACGAUCUGCUGAGCGAGAGCUUUUGUCAAAUGUGGCGGAGAUUACAAUAAGAAUUAUGAUGAUUGAUGAAUUUCCGAAGCCUGAAGUAGACAAAGACCAAUUAGUGGAAUUAACAGAACAGCACAGCGCAGUAAUUCAUCGAGUUUUGCAUUCACCACUAGAUCAGGUGCAUAUUAAUAAAUUCAAUCUUAGCCUUACAACUAAAGACUUGCACACCUUGAUUGGCGAACGGUGGCUGAAUGAUAACGUAAUUAAUUUCUAUAUGAGUUUAUUGACGGCGCGAAGUGAAAAAAAGAACAAGACGCACGGUCUUCCAACAGUCUAUGAAAUGAAUACGUUUUUCAUUCCCAACUUACUUACUCACGGGUUUAAUGCUGUAAAACGAUGGACCCGUAAAGUGGACAUUUUUAAAAAAGAUAUAAUAUUAAUUCCCGUUUUUGUAAACGGAGUGCAUUGGUCCCUUGCAAUAAUUCAUCUUAAGAAUAAGUCUAUAAAGUACUAUGAUUCAAAAGGGUUACCUAAUUCAAAAGUGUUAAAUGCAUUGGAGGAGUACCUUAAGGAAGAGUCGCUUGAUAAACAAAAAAAAAAGAUGGAUACCUCCGGAUUCGUUAUUGAAUCAGAAGAAGAUGCACCGCUACAGAUAAAUGACAAUGACUGCGGUGUUUUCACCUGCAUGUUCGCCGAGUUUAUUACGCGUGAUAAGGCAAUCACUUUCAGCCAAGAACAUAUAGAAUAUUUCCGUCAUAAAAUGAUUGUUGAAAUUGUACAAGGGGAACUCUUGCAGUAA